GCAGUAGACAUUCGAACAGCUCUUGUGAAUAUGUCAAAUCAUCAAUAUCUAGAGAUAGAGGCUCGUAAAUCGAGCUCCUUCUCUCCUAAAAAGCCAAGAUUUUGGCAAAUACAAUUACACGAUUGUGAUGAAAAGUGCACAGUUACAAAAGCUGGAUUAAUCGGUUAUCCGGGAAGAACGUUUCCAACAAGACGUCAUAAAAGUCACAGAUCAGCACUCAAGUUCAUAGAAUCUUGCGUUUCUCGUCAAACAAGUCGUGGUUAUGUUAAAAAAAUCAGAAAAGCUAUUAAAUCUCAUGAAAAUAAUAAAAAACAAACACUAAAGAGAGGAAGGCCAUCAAAGAAAAUCACUGCUCCUGGAAUAAAUUCUAGGAAAGCAAAAACAUCUGAUAAAAAUGAAGCAAUUAAAAGAUCAAGAUCUCCUAAAAAAGUAAAAGUUGCUGACACCGUCGCCAAGGCAACCCCUUCAAGGAAGAGAAAGGCGAAUAGAAGUUUAAGCAACUCAAGAAAUAAGAAAGUAGUUAGAGUCACUAGCCAACCAACUAAACCUACGAAGAAAAAUAGAAAACAGACAAAUGCAGCUUCACCGAGAUCAAUACUGAAAAAGAAAGAUACUCCACCGAAAUUAUCGAAGCAAGAUACUCUUGAUAUUGACUCUGCAUUAGAAGCAAAGGAAACGAUGACAAAAAAUAAAAUAGUGCAGAGAAUAGCAACACUUACAAAAACAGAUUCUAAACCUUUCAUUGCCAAAAGUCCUUCAAUUCCUCAAAAUAUGGAAGCUCAUACUUUAUUAGAAAUUCCAUUGCCUGGUGGUCAAUAUAGUUCAGGUUUUGGAUUGCAUAUUGAUGAGGAUCGUAUUCUAUUUGGUGAUGAAGAGGGAAGUAUUAUAGAACUUGAUCAUAGAGGAAAUGUUAUAAAAAGAAGUAAAUUGGAUCAAGGUGUCAGAUGUAUUGUAAGAGAUGGUGGUUUCGUUUAUGCCGGAGGAAAUGAUGGAGGUUUAUAUGAUUUGACAAAUGGUCCACCGCGUUUAAUGUGCAAAAUAGAGGACUUCGGAAAAGUCUAUAGUUUAGAUGUUAAACACGGAAUUAUUGCGGCCAGUGAUGAAAACGGUUAUGUUGCAUUAGUUAAUUAUGAAGGAGAAAUAAUGUGGAAAAAAAUGGAAUCAACUGACGGAUGGAUGGUUAUUAUGGACGAUAAUUUUAUAUAUCAUGGAACCAUUGGUGCAGUCUCUAAAAUGGAAAAGAUGACCGGAGACGAAAUAUGGAAGCAAGAAGGCCUAUCUCCCGUAAACUACGGCGUAAAGAGGGAAGACAAAGUUUUGGUAGCGGCAGUUAAUAGAGUAGUUCAAGUUGACACCGAAACUGGAAAGAUACUCAAUGAAUAUAAAGAUAAAGGUGCCGAUACCAUCUAUUGCUGUGACAAGGGAGAUGGUCUUGUAUUUGCAGGAAGCGAUGAUUGUGUUCUUGUAUAUGAGGAAGAAAGCGAAAAGUUACUGUACAAUUUAAAGGUGAAGCACCGACCUUAUUCCAUCAAAUACUAUGGAGGUCGUCUCUAUCUUAUUGGAAAAGCAAUGUUUACGAUAUUGAGUUUAACUAAGGAAUCUAUAGAGAGUAUGUUAGAAAAAAGAGGCAAAAAUAAAUUUUCCUCAAAAAGAAUUGAAAACAUAUUGAAAAAUGUACCCCUUGUUGCUCCCCUUACUCGUGUUGAAUCCAUAAACACAGUCAAGGCCAAGGGUGGUAUUAUGCUGGAGUGCGUAAAAGAUGGUGAAAAGUUACGGGUCAAACCAAUUGGUCCAUCAUUUGAACCCGAUUGGUACGUUAUGUUUCCACAAAGCUUACGUGUAGAGGGAGCAAAAUAUAUCGUUGAUAAGCUUGAAGUUGCUGGCGAAUCAUCCCGUUUCUACCGAACAGUUGGAAGAAUUCAAAUGAUUGAAGAUUAACCACAAAAAUCCUCAAAAAUCUAUUAGUCACUAAUAAAGAGAAAACAGGAUAAAAGUUAAAAUUACUAUAAUCACGUGAUAUUGACAAUGUAAUUUACUGUAUAUAAGAUAUUUAUUUUUUUCUUAAGAUAAAUAUAUACAAAGCAAAAGAUUCAAUCUCUUAUUGUUAAAAUAUAUAAAAUCAAUGUGAAACAACACUAAUUCAAACAAAAGGGAAUAAAAAUAAAGAGUGAGAGAUAACAGAAGGAUUAAUUUGAAAAAUAAACAAUUUAUCUUGGAUAGAUCUCCCCUCCCUCUUUUUAUCUUCGAUUAUAGGAGAUAAAAUCGCGUAACUUUUCAAGUAGCUAGUUAUAGGUAACUGAAGGAGCUGGUUGUGUUGUUUCUGUGAAUAAAAUACUCAUAUUAAAGAUGAAAAUGAUACUUUCUUUUUUCUUGUUAAUUUAGCCUUUUGUUAGAAAUACCAAUUUGACAAACAAACUUUUUUGUCCUCUUCGCGGUCUUUUGAUUGUAGCAAUUGUGUUAAUUACUAUUGGUGCUAAAUUGAUAUAUUUGUACUCUAAACUUUCGUUUUUGACCCAAUUUGGUAUUUUUUUCUGUACUUAUUAGCUCUGGCUUCUUAGAUAACUGAUUAUUAAUGGGUUAGUCGGAUUGUCAACAGUUUAAAAGGCUAGAAGAGGUCGUCUGUAUCUGGUUUUCCACAUAAAGGUAUAUUCAAUUAAGCAAUUAAGCCAUAUUGCUUUAUAUACAAUUUUUAGAUAAAUAGGAUACCAUAAUAUUUUAUAUGGUAAUUCAAGUGUCGCCAUCUACUCAAGAUUGAGUAAGUAGCUAUCGAAUGAGCAUGCUAAAAAGAGAGUAACGGUGCUCUUGAUCAGUCGUUUUCUUUUGAAAAAAGUCGCGCCCGUUUUUGUGUCCUUCACCUCCAACGAACUUAUUAUGAACCAAUUACAGAAAGUUAUAAAGUCGCGAUUGUAGCGCAAAUUCGCCAUAAUUUAACCAAAAUUUU